CACGCACCCUCCGGCUCAUCCCCGGGGCUGACCCGCCUCCCCCGGGGGCUGUCCCCGUUCCCCUUGUCCCCAGGCUCGUCCCGAGGCCCCCGUGUCCCCGCGGGGGUGGGGGGGGAGGCCGGUGCCCGCGCCCCCUCCCCACGUCCCCCCGGUCUCUCUGCCGUUUCAGGGACCGACGAGCACGGGCUGAAGAUCCAGCAGGCCGCGGCCGCGGCGGGGACGUCACCCCCGGAGCUCUGCCAGCGAGUUUCGGGUCUCUUCCGCCAGGCCUUGACCCAGGCCGCCGUCUCCUUCACUGACUUCACCCGCACCAGCGAGCCCUGCCAUCAGCGAGCCGUGUGUCAUUUUUGGGGUGCUCUCCGGGACGGCGGGUCACUCUACAAAGGGUCUUACGAGGGCUGGUACUGCACUCCCGAGGAGUGCUUCCUGCCCGAGAGCCAGCUUGCCGAGCGCAGGGAUGCCCAGGGACGCCCGUGCAAGGUGUCAUUGGAGAGCGGCCAUCAGGUGCACUGGACCAAAGAGGAGAAUUACAUGUUCAGGCUCUCAGCGUUCCGGGAUCCAUUGCAGAAGUGGCUCCGGGACAACCCACACGCCAUUUCCCCUGACCCUUUCUACCAGUGCGUGCUCCGCUGGCUGGAAGAGGACUUGCCAGACUUGUCCGUCUCUCGUGAGAGAAGCCGGCUGCCGUGGGGUAUCCCUGUCCCCAGUGACUCAACACAAACUAUUUAUGUAUGGGUAGAUGCCUUGGUAAACUAUCUGAGCGUGGUGGGCUACCCUGAGACACACGGUGAGUGGUGGCCUGCUGCGCACCAUGUUGUGGGCAAGGACAUCCUCAAGUUUCAUGCUGUCUACUGGCCAGCUCUGCUGAUGGCAGCAGGGCUGGCCCCCCCCGAGCGAAUCUUUGUGCACUCCCACUGGACUGUCCGUGGGCAGAAGAUGUCCAAAAGCCUGGGCAAUGUGAUUGACCCCUUUGCUUGUAUUGGACAGUACACAUUAGAUGGAUUUCGGUACUUCCUGCUAAGGCAGGGUGUACCUGAGCGGGAUUGUGACUAUUAUGAUGAGAAGGUUGUUAAGCUAGUGAAUUCAGAACUGGCAGAUGCGCUUGGGGGGCUUCUGAAUCGGUCAACAGCCCUCAGCAUUAACCCCAGCAACACUUACCCUUGUUUCUCAGAGUCUUGUUUUCCAAAGGUCUUGGAUUACAGGGGGACAAAAGGCAUGGGUAGGGCUUCUGCUGAAGACUAUGAGUUUGUGGCAUCUGUGGCUUCUCUGCCUCUGCAGGCGGCUAGUUAUUUUGAAGGUUUCCAGAUCUACAAGGCUUUAGAGUGCAUUGCCCUGUGCGUAAGGCAGACCAACGGUUUCUUCCAGAGACACAGGCCUUGGAAACUUGACCGAAAGGACCCCGCAGAGCAGCUCUGGCUUGACACCAUCAUCCACGUUACGCUGGAAUGCCUGCGUGUCUAUGGGACUCUCCUGCAGCCCGUGAUCCCACACACUGCAGACAAGUUGCUUUCCAGGCUGGCUGUUGAGCCAGAAGAGAGAGGUCUCUCAAGUUUGACAUUUCUGCCACGCUACCAUGGGAAGCCAUGUCCCUUUGAAGGGAGACAGCUUGGGCCUGACACUGGCAUCUUAUUUCACAGACUAGAGAAGUCAAGACAGCAUCAGAUAGAAACAAAGAAGCUCUAGUCUCUGAUAAAGAGCUUCUGUAAAUAAAAGCCUCCGGGAACUCCCGGAAAA